AAAAAUGUCAGUAUAAAAUCGCUUUAAGGUGGAGUGUUAAUAGUUUUAUUCGCUCAUUUCGAGGUUGUUAAUAAAACGAUAAAGACGUGACGUUCGACUCAAAUGUAAACAAAGUGUUAACGCUUAACAGGCGAACAAAACAGGCAACAAAUUCACAACGAAUGGGAAAAAUAAAUGAAUAGAAUUUUCAAAAAAAUAAAACCAACUAAACGAACGGUAAUAGGAUCAAGUGUAACAAAGUGAAAUAAGUUCUAUUUUCGAAUAAAGUGAUUUAGUUUCAAAUAAAAUAGUAAAUACGCAAAAAAGAAACAAACAUUUUCGAACGGAUAUAACGAACUAAACAUUUGAAAACAUGCUUUUCCAAUUGACACGCAAAAGUUUUCUCACAAUAUUGGGAUUUAGUUUUCUGAUAGCGACCAUAAUCGUUUUGUGUUUCACCACCGCCACCAUAUCGGAAAUUGAAAAAUGUUUUAGCACGGAAGUGGAUACGGAAAAUUCCACAUUGGAGUUAGUGCAUAUUGUUCUCCGUCAUGGACCACGAACUCCAGUUGAUACCUAUCCGAAAGAUCCAUAUUUACAUUCCAAAUUUGAACCCACCGGAUGGGGCCAUGUCACCAAUAAGGGCAAACGUGAACUCUUUGAGUUGGGUGAACUGUUGAAUCAACGUUAUGGAAAAUUUAUGGAACCCUAUUAUACACCAGAUAAAGUGCAUGCCCAGGCUACGGCUUCACCGCGUGCAAUGAUGACUCUGGCCACGGUUUUGGCCAGUAUGUUUCCGCCACGCAAUACCCCAAUGGAAUGGCAUCCAGCCCUAAAUUGGCAGCCAAUACCAAUAUUUUCAGAACCAUUAGAUCAGGAUUCGCUCCUUUUGGUCCGAACACCUUGCCCCCGUUACUUCGAGGCACGCCAAGAAGUUUUGGAAUUGCCGGAAGUAAAAGAAGAACAUGCCAAAUAUGAAAGUCUUUUCCGAAACUUAUCGGCCCUGACAGGUCUUAACAUAACCGAAGCUGAACACAUCAAUUCAUUGUAUAUAACACUGGAGGCUGAACGUGAUUUUGGUUUACCGCUGCCGGCAUGGGCUAAAGACUACUUUCCAGAGAAAAUGCAAUUUAUGGCGGAACAAAGUUAUAUCUACAAUGCCUAUACGCCAGAAAUGCAAAAAAUCAAAGGAGGGCCAUUUCUCAAGAAAAUGUUCGAUGAAAUGUUGAAGAAACGAGAUAACACGCUAAAACCGGCAGAUCGUAAAAUGUUCAUAUACACCGGACAUGAUUGGACAGUGGGUAGUAUUUUGUCGGCCCUAAAGGUGUGGGAACGACAAAUGCCCAGGUUUUCAGUUAUGACAAUAUUUGAGUUGCACAAAAAUGCGGAGACCGGAGAGUAUUAUGUGGAGAUUUUCCUGCGCAAUGAUGAAAAAGGUUGCCUGCACGAGUUGAAGUUGCAACAUUGCCAUCGAAAAUGCCCUUUGGACCGGUUGGUGGAGCUAAGUGCCGAUGUCUUGCCCAAUGAACCCUACGAACAACGUUGUAGAGCCAAGAAUAGUAAUUUUGUUGAACCACCGCCAAGGUUGAUCGAUCAGUAGUAUAGCUGGCCAACAUAACUCCAACAAUUGUGGUAGCAUUAGAUUCUAAGAUAGUUUAAAUUUUUUUUUAAAGUUAGCAUAGUUGGCCAGUUUUAUGGUUUCGAUACGAAGUGGUAAUUAAAUUUAAUUACUUGUUGAAGCGAACAAAGCGAAACGCA